GCUGUUUCAAUUUCACUUCCUACAACAAUGUUUCCAAAAGAGCAGUCUUUGCUCAGGGAUAUUUGUCGCUAUCAGAAACAUUUCAAAGACCGUGAUAAACUACACGUAGAGACUUUUGACACGGGGACAAUGCUAUGACUCACUAACAUGGGUCAGGUUGGAGAGGAGAGUCCGUCUUGCCGCAGCCUGCUGACCUAUCACCGGGAGGUGCUGGUCUCCAAACUCAGGAGUAUCCAGUGUGUCCUGGACAAUCUGCUCAGCUCAGAGUUUCUUUGUGAAGAAGAGGUAGAGGCCGUACAGCGCACUGACACUAAACCCAACCAGGUGCGUAAAAUCCUGGAGCUGGCGCAGUGCAAAGGGGAGCAGGCCUGUGACUUUUUGAUCUACAUAAUUUAUACAGUGGGAGAUGCCUAUGUCGACCUGCAGCCAUGGCUCAAAGAAAUCAACUAUGUCCCCAGUAAAGAUGUGUCUGUCCUGACAGUAGAGAACACAGACCCCAUCAGCAGAUAUAGUGAAAAGCAGAGGCGGGAAAUUGGCCGUGACACCAGCUUCAUCAUGUCGUACGGUCAAAGAGAAGAAACUCGCCUGGAGGAGCUUUACACCGACACCCUAAUGGAACUAUUUAAUGGUGCCAAUGAGAGUCUGGGGCUUUUAGACACUUUAGAACAACUCCUCACCGACGAUGCUGUCUUCAACCCACAAGGAGAAACCAUCUAUGUAGUCGGUGACGCUGGUGUGGGCAAAUCCAUUCUUCUCCAAAAGCUGCAAAACUUGUGGUCGAAGAAGGAGCUAGUUACUGAUGCCAUUUUCUUGUUUAAGUUUCGUUGUAGGAUGUUUAGUACUUUUAAAGACUCUGAACAGAUCUCCCUUAGAGACUUGUUGUUCAAAUACAAUUGCUUCCCAGAUCUUGACCCUGACAAUGAGGUGUUUGACUAUAUUGUACGUUUUCCUCACAAAGUCCUCUUCACUUUUGAUGGAUAUGAUGAAAUUCAAGAUGAUCUUGAGAGAUAUAACGUUCCUGAGGUGUCCUCCCCAGAUGAGAAAGCCCACCCAUUGCAACUACUCACAAGUUUACUCUCCGGCAAGCUACUUCAAGGCUCCCAGAAGGUACUUACAGCACGAACAGGUAUCGAAAUGCAACAGAAGGUAGUCAAAAAGAAAGUAAUUUUACGUGGUUUUUCGCCGUCGCACCUCAAAACGUACAUUCGAUUACAUUUUAAGGACCAAAGCCAAAGAGAACGUGUUGAAAUCCAAUUAGACGCUAGCCCUCAUCUGUGUGGUCUUUGCUCCACACCUCUGUUCUGCUGGAUUGUCUUCAAAAGCUUUACCCAUCUACACACCAUGCAUGAUAGCUUUGAGCUGCCAGAAUCUUGCAUAACAUUAACAGAUAUCUUUCUCCUCCUAUGCGAGAUGUAUUUGACUCGUUCAGCCCCGCCUCCUUUGUCCAUUCAAAGGAGAAAUGCCCGAUGCACAGCAGAAACGUUUAAAUCAGGGCUAAAACCACUUGCAGGAUUCGCCAAACUAGCUCUACAAGGGUUUGAUAAAGGGACUUUCUAUUUCAGCCAGGACGAGUUGAGGGCUUGUGGGUUAACCGAAGAAGAUGAGGCAUUGGGUUUUCUUCGAUCUGUUAGCGAAUAUGAAAACACAGAAAACCCAGCAACUUUUGAGUUCCUCCAUUUGACAUUACAAUCUUUCCUUGUUGCAUUUGGGCUAAUUUUGGAUGAAGAUAUGCCCCUAAACACUAUAUUAAAGUUCUUUGCAGAGUGUAGCAGGAAGAAAAAAUCAUCAUGCCUCCCUUGUGACUUUUUUCACAAUCUUUCCCCAAAGCCAAGCGGUACCAGAGGAUCCCAGACCAACGAGCAUCUACAAUUCACAAACUUAUUUCUUUGCGGUUUGCUGUCAAAACCAAAAACUAGCCUCAUGGAACAACUUGUUGCUCCAAAAAUGUUGAAGGAAAAACAAGCACUUCUCAAAUCCUACUUGUCAACAAGUGUUAAGUCACAUAUACAUGGCUUACCAGUCCACGAGACUGAUGAAGGCAAGAAAGUCCAUGUUUUGCCUAACUUUUUGUGGAUGUUGAGGUGUAUAUAUGAGACAGGGAGUAGAGACAUAGCCAAAAUGACAGCAAAAGGUAUCACAGCUGGGUUUAUCAAGCUGGGAUAUUGUAAUGUCUAUUCUGGAGACUGCACAGCUUUGAACUUUGUGUUGCAACAUCGACGCAAGCUGCUUGGUCUGGAUAUGGACAAUAACAACAUUAGCGAUUAUGGGGUGAAGCAGCUCAGGCCGUCGCUGUCUAAGAUGACCAUAGUCAGAUUUUGUGUUAAUUAUCUAUCAGACAGCAGCAUUGAGGUGCUCGCAGAGGAGCUGUGCAAGUGCAAAGUUGUGGAGGUCUUGGGGCUCUAUAACAAUUGCAUAACAGAUGCUGGGGCAAAACUUGUGGCAAAAAUAAUUGAGGAAUGCCCCAAGCUGCGAAUUGUUAAGCUUGGUAAAAACAAGAUCACACCAGUGGGAGGGAGAUAUUUGGCCGAUGCAAUCAAGAAAAGCACGUCUAUAUUUGAUGUUGGGAUGUGGGGAAACACUCUUGGUGACGAAGGAGCCUGUGCGUUUGCCGAAGCUUUGAGACACCAUCCAAGUUUAACCAAUCUCAGUCUGUCAGCCAAUUGCAUCUCUUCAGAGGGAGGGAAGAGUCUUGCCUCAGCUCUUAAAGACAACAGCACCCUUAGGAUCUUCUGGCUGGUGCAGAAUGAUUUAUCAGAUGACUCUGCCCAACACUGGACUGAUUUGGUGCGAGCCAAUACUGGACUGAAACACCUUUGGUUAAUCAACAACAAGUUCACUGUGGAGGGCAUCCGAAAACUGGCAGAAGCACUUCCUGAAAAUAAACACCUUGAAGAAAUUUGUGUAAAGGGAAACCUAUUGAGUCCAGUAGAAGAGGAACAGUUUGUGGAGGAGAAGAGACUUCGCUUUCACUGAUGGGGCAUUGUCUUUGCUCUUACUGUGACUACAUAAAACCAAGUGGGAACUGCACACACACAUGUGGCAUCUGACUGUUGACUUUUUUAUAGAAAAGUACUAACAAUGAGGAAGUGAUGCCCCACACUGAAAAUUGAAAACUUCCUCUAUAAUUAAAUGAAUGUGACUGUUACUAUUGGUCUCGCAGGAUAGUUGCAGUGUGGUUCCCUCCCCCUUAUGUUACAAUGGGUUGCACCAUCCAAAUAUUUUAAUGUGAAUUGUGCCUAAUGCUGUCUAGGAUCUACCUACAGCUGACAACAAUGAGCAGAAGAUAACUUAACGACUAUUUAGUAUUCUUAGUGUAGUUUCAAAAGUGUAUCUUGAGUCUAGGUAGAGAUAGCAUUUUAACUCUUUUCCAAAGGUACUUUUUUUUUUUACACAUGGGCUGUUCGUGUUAGGAUUUUGAGUGUAAAAUAGAUUUAGGGACUUAACUCCUUUGCAAAAUGUACAUUGCUAAAAAUGGGAUAGGGCAAUGUUCAAUGUUUUUGAUUUGACAGGCCUCCACACCAUUACUCUUGAGAUGUCUUUUGGUUUGAUUUGAUACGUUUUCAAAUGUUAUAAAUCAAUGUAUUUUUGGCAUGAAACAUUAAUUAGUCAUUUAUAUCACAAUACUUUUUAACUUUGUUUUUAGACUAUUUGUAUUGUUUACUGGAUUACCUACCUUUUGGAAUUUUACAUGUUAGUAUAAGGUAACCCACAGGAUACAUGUAAAGUAUGAUAUGGGACGCAUUGUGUUUCGUAUAAUGUGACAUGGAUGUAAACUAUUUGGAGCCAAAAAGCCCCUUUGGCAAAUGUCAUUAUAUUGGAGAGUUGUUCUAUUGCAUGAGGCAAAGAUGUUGUGCUUUGGAACAAUGUCUGAACGUAUAAUACAUUUUUGUAUUGCAAGUGUUUUGUUGACUUCUUUAGUACUCACAUUUGUGAUUCAAUUCUGGGAUUGAUCAGGGUUGUUUACAACAAUUUGUUUUUAAUUUUUAAUUGCAGUUUAAAAUGGCUAAAUCAAACAGUGGUCUAUUAACCCUCUACAAAACAGGAAGUUGGUUGCUCUACAGAAGUUGCCAAAUAGAUUUGGGUUAAUUUCAACAUACUUGUAUCAUCUUAAGGGGAUUUUGUAGCUGUUCCCAUAUCCUUGAGUGGACUUUCUCUCAUGAACUUUUGACAAACUCUUUUGAGGAUUUCCACAUUUUAAUUUUAAAAUUGAUUCCUGAUGAUGAAGUUUUAUUCUUUUGAUUCUGAACUUGGCUCUUACUUUCCUCCUCAAGUAGUAUUAGUAAUAGGAUUUCCCUCAAAUUCCCUCAAAGGUUAUUUUUGUGAUUUGUUUUUGUGAGUCUUUUCCGAUGGUAAGGUAAAAUUGGUCUAUUCAAACAGCAUUUUGACUUUCAAACAUAAGCUGAACAAACAGGCACUUUCCUUUUAUUACUUUUUUUGUAAUUGAUACUAUUGAUAUUUUCAAUUUAAACUUUGCAUUCAACCAAUUCAUUAAUUAAUCUCAAAAUUGUCAAAAAUUGUCAAAGGACAAUUUUGUUGUCAGGGCAACUGUGUAUGUGUCUGAAUGAGUGGCUCUACUUAACAUUGAACAUAACUUUGAACUAUUCUUUCACUUGAAUAAUGAUCUAUCUGAUCUGUUAUGUCAAGCAGCUGACACAAAGAACCCAAACACCACAGGUGAAUGUCAUAUUUCUAUUAAGGCCAGAAUCAUUGCAAAAUCUCAGAGAUCACACAGGUAUCAAUCACCAUCUUGUAUUUGAAAUGAAAUGUAAAUUUGAAAUUAAUAAAAGGAAAUGGUACAAUUUUAAAUGUCAUGUGAAAUUGCGUCUUCCUUAGAGGUGAAAUGUGACGUUCUUGUACCGCCCUCAUGUGGUGAAACUGGGUAUUACAUGGCGUCAUUACCUCAGAAUAAUCUUGUACUCAACCUGAAACUCAAAUUAAUUGCUGCUUUUUAAGUUUGUUGUUUUAACUACAUUGAAUGCUUAAUUCAUCUUUGCGAAACAAAGACAAAAACAAAAACUUGAGGCCAGU